CAGAGAGGCCGCCAUGGGUGUACAGGGCCUGCUGCUGCUACUGUUGCUGCCGGUGUGCGUGACGCUGGGGAAGCCUGGAUCCGGUGAAGAAAGCCAGGCUGCAGGUCUCAAGACCACAGACAUCAAUCUUCUUUCAAUGCCGUGUGGCCGCCGGAAUGACAUUGGGUCCCGAAUAGUGGGCGGGAUAGAAUCCGUGCGAGGGCGCUGGCCGUGGCAGGCCAGCCUGCGCUUGAAGAAGUUCCACCACUGCGGAGGGAGCCUUCUCAGCCACCGAUGGGUUCUCACUGCUGCACACUGCUUUCAAAAGUUCCUUGAUCCAAGAAAGUGGACUGUCCAGCUUGGGCAGCUCACUUCCAAGCCGUCUUUCUGGGACAAGAGGGUCUAUUCUGGCCGGUACAGGGUAAAGGACAUCAUCGUAAACUCCGAAGACAAAAUGAAGUCCCAUGACCUCGCCCUGCUGAGGCUGGCCUCCUCCGUCAUCUACAACAAAUACAUCCAGCCAAUAUGUGUGCGGCCCUCCACCUUCAUGUUCCAGCAUCAGCCCAGGUGCUGGGUGACCGGCUGGGGAGUCCUUCGGGAGAAUUUAAAGCCUCUGCCACCGCCCUAUCACCUCCGAGAAGUACAGGUCACCAUCCUAAACAAUAGCAGGUGCCAGGAACUGUUCAGUGUUCCCUCCCUACACCACUUGAUCACCAAGGACGUGUUCUGUGCUGGUGCUGAGGAUGGGAGCGCAGACACCUGCAGUGGUGACUCAGGAGGACCCUUGGUCUGCAGCAUGGAUGGUCUCUGGUAUCAGAUUGGAAUCGUGAGCUGGGGAGUAGGCUGUGGACGGCCCAACCUGCCUGGUGUCUACACCAACGUCAGUCAUCACUACAACUGGAUUGAGACCAUGAUGGUCCUCAAUGGUGCAGGCAGGCGUGAUCUGGCCUUACCCCUGCUGUCUGUCACUCUGCUCCAGGCUCCCUGGAUCCUAAGGCCCACCUGAGCCCAUGAGGCUGCAGCCUUGGGCCUAAAGCACCAUUGUACUCUCCGUAGCCCCAGGACAUUCAGUGUAGGGUAGGGACAUCCUGCUUCACCAGGCCUUUGUCUUGUCUUCUUUGCCAAUAAAUUCAUUGUGUAUAUC